UGUUAACUUCAUUUUAUGUGAGUUGGAGAGAUCCACUGAAAGCCGAAACUUCUAUUCAACUCCUCUUUCUUUUCUUCGUCCUGUAUAUCAGUAGUUUCACUUUUCUUUUUGAAGAGAAUUGACGUCUUGAGGAUUCUAAUCAAGAGCUUUCCUUUUAAUCUACGCGAUUUCAACACAGAUUUGAGAUACGCCAAGGAUGGGCCAGUUACUAACUGAGAAGCCACCAAAUCCUUUCUUCUAAACACACCUGUCGAUUCAUCUAAAUGAGACCUGAACUGCUCCGUAUACAUCCACCGGAUGGUGUGAGGUCUUCUUACCAAGGUGAGUCGAGCCGUCGAGGGCAGAGCUAGGGGACCGGCAGAUAGCAGCACGGCUACCCCUCAAAUUUUCAGAAAGAAAUUUAGUUUAUAUAAAAUAUUAUAUAUAAAAAAAGGCCGGCAAGACGCUUGCCGUCCGGUGAGGGUUGAUAGCGGCUGUCUGAUUCCCACCGGUGCCAACGAGGUAGAGCCCGGACGCUUCCAUGGUCCCUCCUCGAUAAAUCUCCUCCACAUUGAAUGAGGGUUUGCCUUCACCGUCUUUGUGCGGAUACCAAUCCUGGUUGUAUUUUGGAAAACAUUGUUUCAUUGAAAUAAAUAAGAAGCAGCCUUCUUUUUUUUCUUCAAGUAUUCUGCUUCGUCGAGCUUGAAGCAAUCUGGUUUCUGUAAGUUUAUGUAAAAGAGGAAAGGUCAGGCAUCUCCUUGUCAAUCAUUUUAUCCAUUACUGUCCAUUUUGGAAAUGUCGAUUUAUUGUUUCAAAUCUUGUUCAACAGCGUCCAGGCUGCAGUAACUUCCAUAAGCAGGUAGAUCACUUGAAGCUCUUCCAUGAAGUGGAAGGUUUUGUACGCACAAAAUUCAAGAAUGAAAAACCCAAUGAAGGAUUUGCCAUGCCGGGAAAAAGAACAUGGAGAAAGAAAGGGAAACGAUGAAGCGGACAGUCAGGAAGCAAUAACUCGCCUUCUUGACUGCCUUAGAUCUAGCCCAACCGGUGCUACUUAAUCUCACUUCUCCCCAACGACAUCGAGCUUCUUCCGCUACAUCCAAGUGCUCUCAAACAGGUUUUGCUUUGAGGUGCUCCCCUCCAUUGCCACUGAGUGAGGCACGACGAGCAGCUUCUUGCUGGAGCUCUUCUUCUUGUCCUUCAUCCCUUAGUAGUCUUGCCAAUGAAGCUCUGCAGAGAAUUGCAGGAAAGGGAAAAGAGAAAGGGACUGUCCAGGGGUCAACCUUUUUUUGUUUUAAGGCAAUUUUGUAGUUUAUUUUAAUUAUUACAAUAAUUUUUAAAAGGAAGCGGUUAUUUGAGAAUUACAUGCAAAGGUUGAGGUGCUCUUUGGUGAGUGCCAAAACUCGAGCGGUUUUGUAGUAUCAGCCUUUUUAUUAGGCGCUGGUUUGUAAUUUGUUCUUUUUGCCGUUAGGGCUUCAAGCAGGCGCAUCUCUCUCUCCCGCGAGCGCGAAUUCCCGUUUCAGCGAAGCAGGAGGUUCAUUUCUCUUCCACUCUCGGUGCGUCUUUUGGGCAUAUACCGCCGGCCGCCGGUGAAACGGUUCCAGAAAUCGCAUCCCCUCAUCAGUGUGUUCACCGUCAGCACUUCAGCAGCAUUCAUCUUCUGCCAAGUUCGAACCAGUGGACUGAAGCUAGACGACCCUCUUGCUUCCUGCGUGUUCCCGUCUCAGAGAUACGGGCGUGAGAAAUUGGCAAAGCAAGAAGAAGAAGAACAAGAAAAGAAAUAGAUUCUACUAGAGACAUGGGGAUCGAUUCUAUCCUCUUUGCUGGCACCCGAUUCGAUCGAAAGAAGUUUGCCAAAGACAUCGCCAAGUUCACAAAAAAGCAUGUAGAAGAGCCAAAUUCGAUAGUGGAAGCUCUGAAGGAGGAGCCCAUAGCCAGGCUGGAAUCUAGAAAAAAGGGGAAACAAAGAGCUGAAUCUGAAACCGUGGAUAGUUUUCAUGUAUUCAAGAGUUCAGAACCUGAAAUGAUGGAUCUUGGUAAGAGAAAGUUAACAGAGAAGAAGUCCAAUUCAAAGAUCAAAGAGCUCAAUAGACAGAUUGAGAUGGCAGCUCUUGCACGAAAGAAAUAUGGAAUCCAUGUUGCUGGCCAAAAUAUUCCAUCACCACUUAAUGAUUUUGCAGAAUUGAGUACGAGGUACAAAUGUAAACCACGCUUACUCCAAAAUUUGUCAGAGCUUGGUUUUAAAGAGCCCACACCUAUUCAAAGGCAGGCUAUUCCAGUACUCCUCUCAGGGCGUGAAUGCUUUGCUUGUGCGCCUACUGGUUCAGGGAAAACUUUAGCUUUUCUUUGUCCUAUUCUGAUGAAAUUGAAGAAAGGAUCAGAGGAUGGGGUCCGUGCUGUAAUACUUUGUCCUACAAGAGAAUUAGCUGCUCAGACAACCAGGGAAUGCAAGAAAUUUGCCAAAGGAAGAAAAAAAUUUUUCAUCCGCUUGAUGACUAAGGAAUUGUCUAAAUGUGGGGAUUUCAAGAAUAUGCCAUGUGAUAUCCUUGUAUCUACACCCCUACGGUUGGAGCAUGCCAUUACCAAGAGAAAGCUUGACCUGAGCAGGGUUGAGUAUCUUGUCCUGGAUGAAUCCGAUAAGCUUUUUGAACUUGGGUUUCUGGAACAAAUUGAUGCAGUGGUUGGUGCAUGCUCAAAUCCUUCAAUUGUUCGUGCUUUGUUCAGUGCAACACUACCUGAUUCUGUUGAAGAGCUUGCACGCACAAUUAUGCAUGAUGCUGUUCGAAUUAUUGUGGGCAGAAAGAACUCAGCAUCAAACUUGAUACAGCAGAAGCUAAUAUUUGCUGGGAAUGAAGAAGGAAAGCUUGUGGCAAUUAGACAGUUCUUUGCAGAGAGUCUCAACCCACCUAUUCUCUUAUUUGUUCAAAGCAAGGAACGGGCAAAGGAGCUUUACAGGGAAUUGGAAUUUGCUAACAUUAGGACUGGUGUUAUUCAUGCUGAUCUGACACAAGCAGAGCGUGAAGAUGCAGUGGAUAGCUUCCGUGAGGGCAAGGUAUGGAUUUUAAUUGCAACAGAUGUGGUUGCUCGUGGCAUGGAUUUUAAGGGUGUCAACUGUGUGAUCAACUAUGACUUUCCAGAGUCGGCUGCAGCAUACAUACAUCGGAUAGGUCGAUCCGGCAGAGCUGGGAGGAGAGGUGAGGCCGUCACAUUGUAUACAGAAGCCGAUCUUCCCUUCUUGCGGAAUAUUGCAAAUGUGAUGGUGGCUUCAGGUUGUGAAAUCCCUUCAUGGAUCCUAACCUUGCCAAAGCUAAGGAAGAGAAAACACAGACCACAGCGAGAUUCCAUAGCUGCCGUCCCCUACUAGCAUUUCAAACUGACAAGUGGAAUUGCUGUUAUGAUUGACUAACAAACCUGGUUAGUUCCAUUCCUUGACGAGGGCACCAUACGUCUGCUGCAGACAAUCUGAAAUAUCCUGAUGCUUCAUGAAGGUCACAGUGAUGCUAACAUUUGUUCUUCAUCGCAAAAAGUUGAGUGGCUUGAAAUUGGUCGUUACCGAACAGGGUUUUACUGCGACAGAGUGGGUGUGGUGUGGUAACUGGUUUAGGGUUGAUGGCUUUCACCAUCCACGACUGAUUCUGCAUUUAGAUGAUGAUGUAAACAUUGGACAUGUGGUGCUUCAAUUUUGAUAUUGUUCAUUCUAAAGCUGCACAUAUUUAUUA